GGCCGGAUCUUGUGCUUUCCUUGGAUUAAAGGAGUUUGAAUACCAAGGGAACGAUUACCAUCGUGAUUGAAGAUUGAGAGAAGAGCUGAUGAUUUCUUGGGCGAAGACGAUAGAAAGAUUGCCUCUUUCCCCCUUCUCGGCCUUCGAACGCCUUCCGAACAGGUGUGUUCAGGUUAGAAGCUUUCCUUUACUGUCUCAUGAGAGGAGUUUCACAAAGCCUGGACGAUUGUGAGAUCCUUCCUCACAUUGCAGGAUCUGAGGCCCUAAGACUGUGGUCCUUGCAACAAUGGAUGAUCACAUGGAAGAAGCAAUCGAGACAACUAAAGCUGAGCAAGUUAUAGCAGUGCCAACCACUACUCUAUGGAUUUGCAUGUGAUGCUUGGUAAGCAGCGCAAGGCUAGAAACAACAGCAAUCCUCGAGAAAUUUGACCUACAAGAAGUUCCUUGAGAUUAUGGAGUCAAUGUAACUGUCCCUUCUAAAGGCUUUAUUCUUUUCCUCAUGCAAUUUGUGGGUUCGAGAGGUAUUAGUUACAGAGGUAAGCAGAUGGUGUUUUUCCUGAAUCAUCACAGCAUAUCAGGCGGCGGCAAUUUAUGUCGGCGAUCAUUUUUGCUCUACAACUGCUGUUCGCAAGAGGUAAAGUUGGAACAUGCAUAGAGCCCUUUUGAUCGAUGCGUUUACACCAUUUUUGUCUGCUGUUGCUGCUGCAAUUCUGUCAAAAGAGUUUUAGCUAAACUAUAGUCAUCAUUCUUGGAGCUGCAAAAGCAUCUCAAGUCUACUCCUGAUGCUCUUAAUGUUCUUAAUCUGUGAUAUCAAUGUAUGCUGCUACCUCAAGUUUACUGUACAGUUACAUUAAACAUCCACCCUGUAUUUAAAGAAGCUACUGCAGGAGUUGUACAGUAACACUUCCAUUGCACACAACUGUUUGAACACUACUUGUUUGGAUUGGCACCGAUUAGAAUCUUGUUAUUCUUGAGGAAUAAAGUAUGGCCUGCUAAUUCCAUUAUCAGUGCAGAGUGGAUGCCACUGUGCAGGAAUAUGUAGUUAUCAUGAACUUUUAUCAGCAGAGGAUUCCUGAAAUAUCUAUCAUUCAUCACCAUUUUGGAGUCUUUAACCUGUACAAGGAGACAAUACCAUCCCACCUUCAAACUGUAACAAAACUCCAAGUUGAAUGAGUUCUUCUGGGGUUCUUUUAUGGCUUGUAUGGCUGGCUGCUCUGAGAUUUCAUGUCCUGAGAGUGAUUAAUGAUGAAGGUUAUACCACAAUCAAAACAAUCUGUUCCAAGAAAGAACAGAAAACAAAAAGGUUACUGAAAUCCAUAAAUUAGAAUUUGGUGUUAGCUUAUGGCAGUCUUCUUCCAAGUGGAGUAAACCUGUUAGCUUGUUGACUUCAUUACAUAUGGUUAGCACAGAUGGAGAGGAGCUGCGUACUCCAUGCAUGGAAGCAACCCUGCUUUGAUGAAUCAUUCGAGACAAGAAUAUAAGGAUGGGGACUCCUCGCCUGUCGCAAUGUGGCACAAAGGCAAGAGAAAGAAGAAGCAUCCGAUUCUGUGGUUUGUGGACCAGAGUUAGCUCGGAGAUAAUGGAGAAGAAAGGCCACCUGCUUUCUUUUACUUGUCGCCGCUGAGUUCUUCUUCCACAUAGGUGAGAAAUCGUAAUGCAGAGAGACUGCUGCAAUUGUCUCAGCCACUUCUUCCCUGUGCUAGAAGAAACCAGCGAGAUUUACUGCAGAACAACUGCGGCUGGUGAUUAAAAGCAGUACCAGCAGCUCUCGCAAUCUGUGUUCUUAGGUUUCUCCUUGGCUUUUGCUCUGCUGGAAGGUAGCGUUCACGUGAAACCGGGCCGUGAAUCAUGGAGAAUAACCACUGUUCAUCUAUUACAGCAUUGCAGCAAGAAGUUAAAUGUUGCCAGCUUGAUUUUGGGGUGUUUUCUUCUGGGGUUUUGUCUGUUUAAUGGUCCAAAGAGCAUCAUUGAAUUGAAUUUAGACAGAUGAGUUCUAUGCUCUGAAUAAUUUCUUACUGGAAGUGUAAGAUUCCAGGAAUAAAACGCAGAACCAGAUAAGAAUGCGUGAGAUGCAGCAGUGAUGGAGUGAAUGAUGUUGUACCUUGUACAGGUAGAAUGAAGAGCAGUAAUGAGCCAGUGUAGGUAGGUCAAGCUUACUAUAGAACGAAGAACAGGUAGUUUCAUGGUAAGAACAUUAAUCUUAUUUUCCUCAGAAGACAAAACUGUGGAAGAUUUUGUGGGAAUCAUGGAAAUAAUUGUCAUAAAAGGAGGAAAAAAGCACACAUCUUCAGGGGAUUAUAGCAGAAAAAUGGAGGAUUUUUUCCUUUUUUUCUUCUUCUUAACCUCAUUGAAGUUUAGAAUUCAUUAUCAAGUUUUUCCAUCUAAAUUGAGAUCAGGCUUUUUUCUAAGUGCAAGCUCAAUCACUUUAUGUGUUCAUGCUUAUAUAAGCUCAUCAAAGCCAGUUCACUCAAGAACACACACACAGUCUCUCCCUCUCUCUCUCUCUCUCUCUCUCUCUCUCUCUCUCUCUCUCUCUCUCUCUCUCUCUGUUUGUGUGCUGACUGUACUAUGGCUUCGUUGCUCUUCAAGGAAAAGAGAGGAGUCAACUUCUCCUGCGUCUCCCCCGCAUCAGCAGCGAUAUGCACGAGCAUAGAUCGGCGGUCGAUGGUUCAGCCGAGAACCGGCAGAACCAUCGAUCGGCACACGCCUCAUCUGAGAGAUCCGCGACGAGCUAAGGCUAGUGUCAACGCCAUGUCACAGACGCCCACAAAACCAAAAACCUGCAACCAGAGGAACAAGAAGAGCUUGGAGAGAGCCAGUGAUACGCUCAGUACACCAGGCUCCACUCGCUACCUGCUUGAUGACGACGACGGUGAUGCCUACUUCAGCAAUGUGCUGCCGGACGUGGAACCCCUUCCUCCGGUCAUGUCGCUCGAGCCACCCACUCUACGAGCGCUGAUGAGAGAAGAACCAGCUCGAUUGAGGCCAUCUGCUGCUGCCAGAACACAGGGCCAGGUGGUGGUCUUGCGGGUGUCUUUGCACUGCAAGGGCUGUGAAGGGAAGGUAAGGAAGCAUAUCUCCAAGAUGGAAGGGGUGACAUCAUUCGACAUCGACUUCGCGACGAAGAAGGUGACAGUCAUCGGAGACGUGACACCACUGGGAGUUCUGAGCAGCAUCUCCAAGGUCAAGCAUGCGCAAUUCUGGCCAUCUCCACCACGCGCAUCGGAUUCCCUGUGACGAUCAUUGGCUGCUGCUCUCUGGAAGCUGUAAAAAACCUAUGUGAGGGUGUCUGUAAAAAAACGAGAACAUUUGCUGUAGUACUUCUCUCAUGUCUUGGAUGCUGCCGGGAUUGUCUGGGAAACAAACAAAUCAUCCGGUUAUCUCCUCAUCAUUUCGGUCAUAAUGGAUCCGAUCUCGGCCUUUCCUCU